AUGUUUGCUAUCACAAAGUAGGCAUUGUUUAGGCAAUAAGCAAUGAAACUCAUGAAUCGAUUUGCUGUAGUUGCCAAUAAUAAACCAGAAAAAGGACCAUCAUAAGGUCAUUUGACAGACAAAUACACAGUCAUUGAUCACACCUAUGAUGCAGUCGUUGUAGGAGCAGGUGGAGCUGGUUUAAGAGCAGCCUUUGGUUUAGUUGAAUUAGGUUUUAAGACUGCAUGCAUAUCUAAACUAUUUCCAACUAGAUCACAUACUGUUGCAGCCUAAGGAGGUAUUAAUGCAGCAUUAGGCAAUAUGACAGAAGACGAUUGGAGAUGGCAUGCAUAUGAUACUAUUAAAGGAUCUGAUUGGUUGGGAGAUUAAGAUGCUAUCUCAUAUAUGUGCAAAGAAGCACCGAAGGCAGUUUAUGAAUUGGAAAGUUAUGGUUUACCAUUCUCUCGUACUCCUGAAGGCAAAAUUUAUUAAAGAGCAUUUGGAGGUUAAAGUUUGAAGUUUGGAACAGGAGGAUAAGCAUAUAGAUGUUGUGCAGUGGCUGAUCGAACUGGACAUGCUAUGUUACACACACUGUUUGGCAGAGCUUUAGGUUAUGAUUGCAUUUUCUUUGUUGAAUAUUUUGCACUAGAUUUAAUGAUGGAUGAAUAAGGAGCAUGCAGAGGAGUUGUAUGCAUGUCAAUGGCAGAUGGAUCAAUCCAUAGAAUUAGAGCUGGAUAUACAGUCAUUGCAACUGGAGGUUAUGGAAGAGCAUUCUAAUCAUGCACAUCAGCACAUACUUGCACUGGUGAUGGUGGUGGUAUGACCAUCAGAGCUGGUUUACCCAUGGAAGACUUAGAAUUUGUAUAAUUCCAUCCUACUGGUAUUUAUGGAUCUGGAUGUCUUAUGACUGAAGGAUGUAGAGGAGAAGGAGGUAUUCUUAGAAAUUCAUUGGGUGAGAGAUUUAUGGAAAGAUAUGCUCCUACUGCUAAAGAUUUGGCUAGUAGAGAUGUUGUCUCUAGAGCUAUGACUAAAGAAAUCUUAGAAGGAAGAGGAGUUGGACCAGAAAAAGACCAUAUUUAUUUACAUUUAAAUCAUUUACCUUCUGAAUUGCUACAUGAAAGAUUACCAGGUAUCAGUGAGGCUGCUAAGAUCUUUGCUGGAGUUGAUGUUACCAAAGAACCAGCACCAGUAUUGCCAACUGUUCAUUAUAAUAUGGGUGGAAUACCUACAAAUUUCAAAACAGAAGUGUUAAAUCAAGUUAAUGGAAAAGACUAAAUUGUUCCAGGACUAUUAGCUGCAGGUGAAGCUGCUUGUGCCUCAGUUCAUGGUGCAAAUAGAUUAGGAGCCAAUUCAUUAUUAGAUAUUGUUGUCUUUGGAAGAUAAGCAGCCAAUUUAGUAGGUGAAAAAUGGAAGCCAGGAUAGAAACAACCAGAUCUUCCCAAGAAUGCUGGAGAAGCUGCCAUUGCUAGAAUUGAUAGACUUAGACAUCAUGAAGGAUCAUAAACUAUUGCCUAAGUUAGAAAGGAUUUAUAGAGAACCAUGUAGAAACAUGCAGCUGUGUUCAGAAUUGAAAAGACUUUAUAAGAAGGUGUGGAGAAGGUUAAGGAAAUCUAUUCAAGAAAGGAUGAUGUUAGAAUUAAAGAUAAGGGAUUGGUUUGGAACUCUGAUCUUGUUGAGGGAUUAGAAUUAGAGAACUUAUUAUUAUAAGGAAAAAUGACCAUCGAAGGAGCACUUAAUAGAAAGGAAUCCAGAGGUGCUCAUGCAAGGGAUGAUUUUCCAGAUAGAGAUGAUAAAAAUUGGAUGAAACACACUCUCGCUAGAAUUCAAGAUACUAAGUAAGGAGAUGUUCAAUUGACUUACAGAGAUGUCAUCACAAAAACCCAAGAUCCUAAAGAGUUUGACACUGUACCACCUAAGAAGAGAGUCUAUUGAUAAUAUAAAUAAAAAUAUAUAUAAUCAUUUAAAACUCCAUUC